AUGGCCUGCAAUAAUUAUACCCACACUCCGCUGCCUCACUUCAGCGCCACCGCUCUUGUCGACUUGAUCGGGAACCUCAGCGAGACCUGCCCCCAUGAUCUAGUGGAUGGCAUUGGGGUAAAGGAAACCGUUGCAAAUGAGAUAUUCCAAGGCGAGAACUCCUUCUUUGCUAAUUUUCUCGGUCGCUGGUCGCCCUAUGCGGUGGCUGUCAUUUUCAGCCGGCUGAUCGAUUUCAAACUGCCUCUAUUGCAGCUGAUUUCCGAGCUUCCCCGUCCCCAGCUCCUUACUGGGUGGUGGACGCAGGCUUUUACGGUAUUGCAUCUUAUUGGGGACCCAAUCGACUCGAUGAGUAGUCAUCUCUUCACUUUGGAGACCUGCAUGGUUGUGCUCAAAAGAACGAAGGAAACCAUGGUUGACAGGGAAAGGGCUGAAGCCGAAGCCGAGAAUGUAGAGGCAGGGGAACUCGAGCAAAGGAUCGAAAGGCGAUGCAGACUCAUCGCUUUGGUGUACCUGACAUACGCUUCAAACGGCCAUCCAAAAACUAUUAAGAAUUUGAUAAGAUUCGAAGCAGAAGAUCCAGCUGGCUUCGAAGCCGCAGCCUUAGCUCUUGCUGCGGACCGUGGCUCCAACUUCUGGGCCUUGGGAGUAGCCAUCUUCGGGUUUCUUAUGGCCGUCGUGCUCAAGUAUGUCUAUAUCGACGCCGACACUUUUGAUGUGACCAACCCUCAGCACAUAGACAUCUGGAGUCUCUCCUCGUCGAUGACUAUGGUACAUAUUAUCCCCAACGUCCUUCUUGCCUCUAUCAUCAGUGUACAGCAGUCACCUCACACGGCUAAGCGUUUCCUCGAGCAAUUUGAAGAGGGCCUUCACGGUCGAAAGGCAGGCAAUUAUACAAACAAUUUGCCAACCGACUGGGCUCGCUGGGAUCUUGACAGCCAGAUCAGCAACGGGGCGAUUCCUAACUGGAGGCCGGAUCGGCGACACCCAAACCUCUCGCGAGAACACAAUGCCCCACCCACAAGCUGGCGACGGCUUCUCGACGUCGCGGCAUUUCUCAUCGUCACCAUCGGGUCUGCUGGUGCCAUAUGGUUGGCUGCCGCGGUCCCCCCACAAGGAAUCAACUGCCGCACAGUUAUUAAGUUGAUCAUGGUGUCAAUCUAUGUGGUGAAAUACGCGGUGCAGCUUCUUGUCAAUCGACUGGGCGCUCCGUCGAUCCCCAUGAAAAUGAAAAUGUAUAUGACGGGAACGAUGGAUGCCUUGUCCGUGCUCUUAUUCGCAUUCAUCAUCUUCAGUACCCAGGCUGGGAUUCUGAAUCGCCCUGGGUGCUACCGGCAAUGCAAGGAUGACGGCGAAUGCGGCGUCUAUCCCGCCUCGGUCACCUGGGAGGUUGUUCAAAGGAGGCUUCAUGGACUGUAUCCGGGCAUCUUAUUUGGGUUUCUUGGGAUGCAAAUUCUCGUCUGUGCCGGUCUCUUAGACGUUUUCCGUGACGCUAGGAAGGUAUUUCUACAGUCUGACGAACCCCUGACUGAAAGGGAGCGCGGAAGGCAAAGAGGCCAAAGAAGGGAGAACCAGAAAAUACAACUCAGGCCUCUUAUACGUGGAAGGACCAGCAGCAUUUAG